AAAUGGAUUUAAUCAAAAGUGCCCGAGAAUUUAUAAGCCACUGGUAUUUAAGGUAUAUACUGUCGAUUGAGCUGUAUAUGGUGGAGCCAUGGGAAAGGCUUGUAAUACAUGUAAUAUUUGCCAUAUUUUUUGGCUUAUUUUGGUAUUUCAACUACUCAGUAAUUGUUUAUGCAAUUGCUCAUAUAAGAGAUUGUCCAAGCCAUGCCUAUGAAAUGCUGUAACUAAGGAAUGAUGGUAUUGUGAAGAAAUAAUAUUUUGUUGUAAUAUUGUUGAUAUAUUUUGUUAAAUAAAUAUUGUCUUAUUUCA